AUGAUUGCGUCUCCGUGUGGGCUUCUGAGGUCCACACCAGGCCGAUUGCGCCAAUCAGAAAGAGAAGCCUAUCAGUUUAUUCUGGAAUUUCUAGAACAAGGACAAGCGUCCGAGUUCGACAAGCUGCGGUUCCUGCGGGCUGUGGAAACCUUGAGUGGCGCUGUUCGUGCCCAGGCAGACGGCAAUAUGAAUGAUUACUUCCCCAAAACCAUUCUGGCCAAGAAAAUUGAGACACUCAUCCUCGAAGAGCCCACGGAGGUCUUGAUCAGCAGUGUGCGUCAGCAAGCCAUGCUCUGCAUCGUGGCCCUGAGCCAGGUGCAUCCACCCUUCUACAUGCCCCAGAAACUGGACCUGGUCAGUGUCAGCAUUUCCAGCGUGUUCUCUCUGCCACUCAUCGUGCCCAGUCUAGACAGGAAGGAGAGCGCGAGUCUGUACCUCCAGACAAUCCAGGCCUUGGAUGACAUGUUACAAGCUCUUCUGAUGGAUGGUAUGGGCCCCAACAUGCUCAUGCUGCAGAACUUCCUGGAGGUAAGCAGCUGCAGGAACCCUGUAUGAAUCAUGGUAUGUUGGGAGGAAAGGAACGGACUAUUAGGACAGUCUGGGUGUCAUUCCAGA